AUGCAGACCACAAGACUCCAUAUCUCGGGUUUGACUCCCUCUAUCUCCGCCUCGGACCUGAAACAGAGAUUUACUACAUUUGGAGAAGUCAAGGAUGUUGACGGUGUUGGGAAAUUGGAUGGCGUUGGGAGGCCGAGAAAGUUUGCAUAUUUGACACUCGAGACGACACAACCCAAACUAGCGAGAUGUAUGAAUCUCCUCAGUGGUUCAACAUGGAAAGGGGCCAAAUUACGCAUAGGAGAAGCAAAACCAGACUACAAAUCUCGACAUGAAUUAGAAGUAAAUCCUCCUCCACCUGCUCCUCGUCCCAAACUAUCCGAAGAAGCUCGCAGGCGUGCUCGUCUCAAAUUUCGUCUACGGGCGCGAAGGUUGCUGCGAGGGACACAGGGAAAGCAGUUGAGAGACAUGUCUCUCGUCACUUUGACCACUGUUUCGAAGCACAAGGGGUGGCGCCGGACCCCUCUAAAUCAUCUUGUUCGUCCUAUGCGUAUGCGUCCCCUACGCCCUCUUCCCUCCCUACGACCCAGACAAUCAAGUUCGAAAACAAAAUUGAAAGAAAAGCUGAACAAACGAAAGUUUAAAUUGACCAGAGCGAGGUUAACGGUUAUUGAUCCUGCGCGGGAGGACGAAGAAGAGAAAAAGGUGCCGGAAGUAACCGUUCGACAGGAACUCCCGGUCGAACAAGAGUCUGAAGAAUCGACACGUUCUCCGACUCCGGUACCGGCACCGUCCUGCAUUGGCCCAGUCACAGGCGGUAUCCAAACAACCCGCCCUCGAGCUUCAGAGGCAGAAGAUCUUCUUUCUCUUACGCGUGAAAAAUCCUCAGCUCUGGCACUCCUUGGUGGAAUGUUUGGCGAAGGAGAGUGGGAAGGGAGGGAGAGUGUUAGCGGUGACGAAAUGGAAGUUGUCGACGGAGAGGAAAAUGAGGAAGUGGGAUACGAUGUGGUCCCUCGGGCUGUGGAUCAUGCGAUUGAGAACACGGAGACAAGACACGAUGACGAGGAUGAAGAAGAGGGAGAAGAGCCGCAGGAAAGCGAUGAGGAAAUGGAACAGGAAGAACUCAUAGACGAGGACGAAGAGCAAGGAGAGCAAGAAGAGCAAGAAGAGCAAGAAUCACCUAUAAAACAUUCAUCUCUGAAAGACAUGUUCAAACCACAAGAAGAAACAACCGGGUUUUCACUAGGACUCGAUAUCGAACUGGACCCCGACGCAGAAUCAUUCCUUCCUUCCUCGGUUUCAGCACCUCCUCCUCCUGAACCGGUUCUAGCACUUGCACCGAUUCAAGUAGAGAAACAUGCGCAUACUAUCCAGUUUACUCCCGAUCCCAAGGCAUCAUUCUUUUUUCCGGGUGGAAAAAACGAUAUUUUACGGGUGAUAGUGGAAAAAGGAUGGGAAUGGCCUCAUCCUGGCACUUCAGAGCAAAUCCGGGCCAAGUGGGAUAAGAAUAAAGCCGAACUGACAAGGGAGUACACGAAGCGCCAUAGGGAAGCUGUAAAGCGGCGCCGAAGAGCUGGGGGAACUAAAGGGGACGAUUCGUAG